GGGCGAAGUUUAAAAAUGGGAGCUGCUGUUCUAAGGGUAGAGGCUUUCCGUGACGCAGCAUCUGCUAUGGAACAAGAGAAAGAAAUCCUGCUAGAAAUGAUCCACAAUAUACAAAACAGCCAGGAUAUGAGGCACAUCAGUGAAGGUGAGAGAGAAGAACUUAAUUUGACUGCUAAUCGCCUGAUGGGCCGAACCCUCACUGUGGAGGUUUCUGUAGAAACCAUCCGGAAUGCCCAGCAGCAGGAAUCCCUACUGCAUGCCACAAAGAUGAUUGAUGAAAUCGUCAAUAAACUUCUAGAUGAUCUGGAAGACGCCAAAAUGCGCUUAAUAUCACUUUACGGUGCGUGCACAUCCGACGUGCCGGCAGGACCCAUCGAUCAGAAAUUUCAGUCUGUGGUAAUCGGAUGUGCCAUUGAAGAUCAAAAGAAAAUCAAAAGGCGGCUAGAGACUCUGCUCAGAAACUUGGAAAAUUCUGAAAAGUCCAUCACGUUGUUGGAGCAUCAGAAAUCAUCUGUUCGACAGUCUUGCAACAGCAAACAGGAUUAAUGCAUCCUCCCGGCUACUUCUGGCAAGUCGCAGGAUAAGCAAGUGCCUGCAAAAAGCACACAGAAGCCAAGAAAAAAUUCUCUGUACGAGCGCACGCGUAUGUACACAUACACACGCACCAAAGUAUCCUUGAUUCCAAGUUGCAAGCAUUUAAUGGGUUUUGGUAGCAUUGGCAUUUUCUUUUGGCAAUAAGGAACGCUAUCAGUUCCUCUCUAGAGUCAAUACCGCUCUAUUGCAAAUUGUAAUUGUGCUUCUGCUGAACUCACAGAAACUGUCAAAAUCUAGCCUUUCCUCCAUUCUCCUGGGUGUUUUUUAAACUAAAGUUGUUUUGUCCUAUCAUGAGAUUUCAGCUUUUCUCUGUUGUAUAUGUAGUGUGUGAACCAGACUUUUGGGGGACAAGAGAUAAAUCCUGGCAAUAAAUCAAAACCAUUAAUAAA